AUGUCCUAUUACCACGAAAAGCAGCAAUUGCCACCACCACCAUACAGUCAAGAAGAUUGUUUGGAUCAAACGCAGAUCGAGCAUAAUUUCAUACAGCGAAGAACACAAUGGAUCCAGAGAGAUCGGUUAGAGUCUCGAGCGUCGGAACAAGCCUUUUUAGAGAAACCAGUCGUAAUACCGAGACUAGCAGUUCAUAGCAUGAUGUCCUCUCCGCUGCCAUUUUUGAGGGCAUAUGCUCCUGUGCUACAGCACCUAAAUGUCAGCGCCGAGGAUUUCGUGGCAUUUAUUGAUAACCUGGCCGUGGUGCAGACGGAGCCGGCACUUUUGCAGGCUCUGAAUAUUGUUGGAACGGGAAUUGGCUUUAUACCGUGGCAUUGGGCACUCGCAGUUGGCCUUGCGAUGAACGCUUCCGCUACCGCUGGAUCGAAAAUCAUCACGAAGAAACGGACAGGGCAAUACCUUGAGAUUGUCAACCGCGAGUAUUUCAACCCAAGAGGAUUAAAUGUAUUAUUAUGCAAAGAUGAUGAUCUCUCGGCCUUGGUCGGCUGUCCACCAAGCUGGCCGAAGCUUGCGUGA